AUGUUAAACUACUACAGGCCGCCACUAGUGGUGCUCCUUGAAACACAUCUACAGGACCAUGCUGUCCUUAGGGAUGAUUUUGACUUCUCUAAUUUGUCCCAAGCACCUGCUGAGGGACAGGUAGGAGGGAUCGUCAUUUUAUGGAAUGCUUCAAUUAUAACAAUUUCCGAAGUUGCAGUCACCAACCAAGAAAUACACUGUAUGGUCCAGGUUAGAACAGUACCAAAAGAACUUUCUAUGGGGAACUACUUCCCAGAAAAAGCAUUUGCAUAUGUUAAAUGGGAAGUCAUAACGACUCCCAAAAAUGAAGGUGGCCUAGCAUACUCGUUAUGGGGUAUGCUGUAUGAGGGAACUAAGACUCGGGUUAGGACUGUGGAAGGUGACUCGGAGCACUUUCUGGUUAUUACGGGGUUGCACCAAGGGUCUGCGCACAGAUCGUUCUUAUUUGCCCUGGUGAUGGAUGCGCUAACACACCAUAUUCAAUGGGAGGUUCCAUGGUGUAUAUUGUUCGGUGAUGAUGUAGUACUGAUUGAUGAGAAGCAAAGCAGCGUUAAUGAGAGUCUGGAGAUUUGGAGACAGACCCUAGAGGCUAAAGGUUUCAAGUUGAGUAGGACUAAGACAAAAUAUCUGGAGUGUAAGUUCAGCGAUAAGUCGGGGGAAACAGACAUCGAUGUGAGGCUUGACUCACAAGUCAUCCCUAAGAGAGGAAGUUUCAAGUACCUUGGGUCAAUUAUUCAGGGGGAUAGGGAGAUAAACGAGGAUAUCAUGCACCGUAUAGGAGUGGGGUGGAUGAAAUGGAGGUUAGCUUCUCGAGUCCUGCGUGACAAGAAAGUGCCAUCGAAACUCAAAGGCAAGUUCUAUAGAGCAGUGGUUAGACCGACCAUAUUGUAUGGGGCUGAAUGUUGGGCAGCCAAGAAUUCUCAUACCCAGAAGAUGAAAGUGGCAGAAAUGAGGAUGUUGAGAUGGACGUGCAGGCACACUAGGCUAGAUAAGAUUAGGAAUCUCUACCGUUACUCACACAAGGAAAUGAGAUCACAGCAGGAAGAUCAUCAUAUGUAG